UUACUAUCCCUAUGAUAAAAACAAACCAAACAGCUGAUGUUAGCAAGUGUUCUACCUAAUUUAAAUGCGUUUCUUUCAAGCCGGCUUUUCCAAACAAAAACAAACAAUUCCUCAGAGGAGUGGGCCGGAGCAUUUUUUAUUUUCAAUGGAAAAAUCACAGGCAAGUUUAAAUCCCCUUCAUUCUAAGAAAUUUUCUUAAUUCGUUACUUCAUUUUCCACCAGAAAAAUGUCUACACAUUGUAAAACCUCCACAAUUAUUGACUCCAUGCUUGUAAAGAUUGUGGCAUUGGUCAUCUUGUGCUAUUUAUCUUAUGGAUCAACUCUCAAUGGAAGCUUUGUGUUCGAUGACACUGUCGCCAUUAAACAGAACAAAGCCAUUGCCCAAGUACCAACCAAUUAUACCGCUAUAUUUACUAGUGAUUUUUGGGGUGCCUCAAUUACCAGUGAAGAUUCACACAAGUCAUAUCGGCCUCUAACUUCCUUGCUAUUCCAUUGGGAAUGGAUAAAGUGGCAAAUGCAACCCAAACAUAUGAAGGCAAUCAACUUAGGGUUGCACACCAUCAAUAGCAUUUUAGUUUUGCUGCUCUUAAAAAAAUUCAAAUUCAAAGAACCAUCUUUAAGCUUGAAAUCAAGCGAAGAAAUUGCCUUUGUUGCGGCACUUCUAUUUGCUGUCCAUCCCAUACACACAGAAGCUGUUGCUGGUAUCGUUUCCAGAGCAGAAUUAAUGUUUUGCUUGGUAUAUCUUAUCUGUUUACACAUAUGUAUAGCAUGGCACCAAAGUUAUUUGUGUUCUUUGGUGCUUAUUCCUAUGUUGACUUUUGUAGGAGUGCUAUUUAAGGAAUCAGCCAUAACCAUACCUUUGGCAUGUAUAUUUGUUGCAUUUGUAAUGGAAAGUUUACACACUUUGCCCUUGAGACAGCAACUUAAACGAGUAAUUUGCACGAGAAAUAUAUUUUUGGGUAUUAGUACAUUGGUUAUAGCCACAUUUCGUCUAUGGAUAGCAGGUUUCACCAGUCCCAAAUUUCGUAAUGCCGACAAUCCGGUGGCCCAUGCCAGCAGUUGGAAAACAAGAUUAUUAUCCCAAAACUAUUUAUAUUUUUACAAUAUAAAAAUACUCAUAAAUCCAAUAGAGCUAUGCUUUGACUGGUCCUUUGGUUGCAUUGAAUUGAUAGAGAAAAUCAAUGACAAUCGUUUAUUUAGGGUACUAUGUUUUUAUGCAUUACUAGCAAUUGUGGUAAUUAAUUAUCAACGAAAUUGCCAACCCUUUGUGGCCUUGGGACUUAUGAUUAUACCCUUCUUACCGGCUUCGGGCAUAAUUAAAGUAGGAUUUGUUAUAGCCGAAAGGGUACUAUAUGUCCCCUCAAUUGGAUUUUGUUAUUUAGUGGCGUAUGGAUUUAUCUGCCUUUGUAAUAAUGAAAGGUAUCGUAAAUUUUGGAAAUUCGCAUUCGCUAUUUUUAUAUGGAUUUUUGUUAUGCGCUGUAGACAGCGUUCAGGGGAAUGGUCAACAGAGGAAAAACUGUUCUCAUCAGCCUUAGAUGUGUGCCCUAAUAAUGCAAAGGUCCAUUACAAUAUUGCCCGCCUGGCAACUGAUAUGCAAAAUUAUCCGAAAGCUUUCCGCCACUAUCACUUAGCCGUAGAACUAUCGCCAGACUAUGACGCUGCUCUCAUGAACUUAGGCAAUUUAUAUCGAGAUCAAGGCGAUCUAACAAAUGCAGAAAAAUAUCUGAAAGCUGCAUUGGAGGUUACACCAAGUUUUGCCACAGCCUGGAUGAAUUUGGGAAUUGUUCAGGCGGCAAAAAAGAAAUUUGAUAUAGCCCUGCAAAGUUAUCAAAACGCCCUAAAAUAUCGCAAAAAUUAUGCCAACUGUUAUUAUAACAUGGGUAAUCUAUAUUUAGAUCGAAAAAACAAUAAUGAGGCUUUACGUCACUGGCAAUUGGCUGUGGCUAUUAAGCCAACGUUACGCCAGGCCUGGACAAAUAUCCUAACAAUGCUCGAUUCACAAGCUAGAUAUGAUCAGGCUUUAAGAGUAUCGGACAAUGCCUUGAAAUACAUUCCCAAUGAUACUUCCAUUACAUUUUUACGUGCCAAUAUUUAUGGAAAACUUGGACGUUAUGAAGAAGCAGAAAAUCUAUAUAAACAAGUUGUGAUCAAAGAGCCGCUUAAUUAUUUAUACCAUACGAAUUUAGCAGUUUUAUACCAUCGUUGGAAUAGAAUAUCCGAAGCAAUUGAUUCAUAUAAAAAAGCAUUGGAUUGUGAUCCGAAAAGAGCCAUAACUGCAAGAGAAAAUAUAAACAAGCUGAUUAACAAAUUGGCUAGUAAAAAGAAAACUACAGCAAAAAGUUGAGAUUAAGAACAAUUGAGAGAAUCUGACUUAAUUAUAUAUAGAUAAUUCCAAGUAGUAGGUUUAAAUCGACACUGUCUUAUAGAUAACUAGCUUAAA